UGUUCCCGGUCAUCGACUCAGCCUGAAAACUUGACAGUCAGAGAGACACACCGUGACUCACCGGCGGUUUUUAAUGCCUGGAUAAAGUAGACUUGCUGCACUGGCGCGUAUGCCUAGUGAUAGUCCACGGUGCCAUCGGGAGUCAGGGUUAGGGAAUCGGCGCACGGGAGUUGCGCACCUUAGCGAGAUACCUCGCCCGUCUGGACCUCGGAAAUCAUGGGCCAAACGCACGCUGGAAACACGGUGACCAGGAGAGUCAAGGAUGAGACUGCGGAUUUACCCCGUCGACGAAUCAAGCUUGCUCACAGACGACAUCGCCUAAUCGCAAGAUGGUCACAGUACGAAAGUUCAUCUGAGGACGACGUUUCCGGGUUGUCUCCCCCUCGAAGCGUGUAUAACAAUGAGUCAGGCUCCAUCGCGCUGAAGAAGUUGCAAAAACUCUCGCAGUCGUACUCGGGUAAACUAGGCUACGGUUCGAAUCCAACUCUGGGAUCUGGGGAUAACUGCGAGGCGUACUCGAUAACGUCUACGGUGGAGCAGUCUGAGGCAAGGUCGUCCCGAAUAAGUGAGACGACUUUCUCCAGCGCCGAGACCUUGGUUGCCGACGACGAGUCCACGCUAAAACGAGUGACCUACCGUUCCAACGAAAUAAUCUUCCGCUCUAGCAGAAGUCUGAACGAGGUGAGCAGCGUCAUCAGGCCGUUGCCUACCGAGGAUAGCGCUGAGGUAAGGGUGGCCGAGGUGAAAAAUUCGCCCGAGUCAGACGUAGGCCCGGAGACAGAGAUGGUUGGAGACGUGGCGAGACUGACCGUGUUAACCGAGGACAUCAACGAGAGUGCCAUCUCAUGGAAGCUGGGUGCAAACGACGAGGAGAAAAGUAGUCCAGAGACAACGGAAACUACACUAAAAGACGGUGUUUCAGUGGAAGUGUCCAGCGUCCCAGAACCGAGCAGCGUUAUUCCGGUUCCCGGCUCCGGAGAUGCGAGCGAGCACGGUAUCACAAUCCCGGCCAAUGCCAUAUUCGGCUCCAGCAAGCGCCGCAAACGCACCCUGGCCGGCCGGAGCCGGUCCUGCAAACUCGCAACUGACGGCAUCACCACAGUGAGUCCGGCUGCCAGUCCGCCCACCGUGCCGAAGCGGCCGGCGUCCCGGCCGCCAAGGCCCGCGGAGAAGACAUGGCUGAAGUCCGGCCACCUCGCACAGCAGCGGAAGACCUUUGUGCAGCGAGAGAACGAGAGAAACCGACAGCAAGCAGCGGCCGAAGAGGCUUCAAUCUGGGGGCAUCGCAGGACCAAAUCAGUCGCAGCGAGCCACAUGAUCGAUAGGCAGACGAACAUCUCUGCUUGCCAUCGCAGAGCUGUUUCCAUGAGGGACAGCAUUGUCGAUAACGACAGGGCGUAUAAUCUCUUGAAAUGCUUGGACAGCGGGCUGCGACUCUGGUGCAAGCUCUCAUCAGAUGGAUACGACAGCAGUAUUCUAAUCUCUGAUAAGACAGGUAACCUUCUUGAAGUAGCAGACGACACGCAGACCACAGUGAUUUGCCGCAUGGACGGAGCAGUGCGGUGUCGAGUCGACAUCUCAGAAGCAAUAUGCGUCUAGGUCCUUAGGCUGGAAUCAAGGAGCAGGAUGGGAGGGGCGAAGAUUGUGAGUGGGAGUUAUCGGAAUCCCCAGCAUUUGACACCUAAUUGGGUUACAGCCAUAGGUCCAUUUUUUUGAGUAUUUACUAAUCUUUUCACUCGCCACUGGAGCUCUAUAUGUACGCCGAUAUCCAACCUGAUGCAUCAUUUUGACUUUCUUGUCAUUUUCUCAGUAGGACACUGAUUUCGGUGAGAAUUUCUCUGAAAUGUCAUCCCACAGCUUAACAUUGAUCGUCUCUCAAAUGAGUCUUAACUCAGUUCCAGGGUAAAGCACGAUUUCGUCAAGACCAAAUAUUUCUCUCAGAGGACAUUUUUUUAGACGAAGUGAAUAUUCAGAACAAUAAUGCUAGAGGCCUCGGGUCUUUCCUAAAAUAUACAAACCACAUCGUUGAUUUGGUAGAAAUAAUUGCGAAAAAGCUAACGAGCACACUUAUUUUUUGGUGUAAUUUCGUUCUGGGUCAGCCUGUAGGUUUAAAAUUAUCACAGAUGCAAAGACGGUUCCUUGAAAAAAAUGUGCCAAAAUGAACGCUUGACACACACAUCGUCUCGUUCAGUUUGGAACCGCUCUAUCGGGAAUAAGUAGAACGGAAAGAGCACAAGGCCACAGACCCGGGCUUUCUCAUAAAUGUUCCGGCCUCGGCUGCAGUCGGUUGCUUGGUAAUCAUCUCCGGCUGUGGAAGGCUCCGGCUUAAAGUCAAAGGCUAUGUAGGAGGUACCAGACACACAAAAUUUAUGUCUACAAAGAAUAGAAACGCUUGGCUGAAAAAAAGCAGCCUAAAAUAUCAUAAUAAUGUGUCAUGCUUGGAGCUGACUUCACCGCUGCCUUCUGCUAAAUAUUUUAUGUUAUAAGAAUUUUUAAAAAAUCGAUCAGCUUUUGCCAUGUGAGGAAAACAGUUAAAGACUUGGCUUUCAGCGGCGUUGACCUACGAGUGGCUGUAGAUGACAUGGUUUGGCCGCGACUGUUGAUCAGAGGCCGUACCGGGUAAAUUUGAGGCUGUGCAGAAAUGUUGAACUUCAAUAGAAUAUGACUGACUAUAAUUUGUCAAGUCCGCAAGACAUGUCUGCCUGAACAUUGUGUGACCUGUUAAGAUGGCAUAAGCUCCGUUGUAGGUGAUGUAUGUAGCUGAAUGCUUUUGAAUGUAUCUAGUGAUGGAGACGUCAGAAGUAAAGUUCGGCCGAAAUGCAUUUCAGAUAUUUUUCAUUUGCAGAUUCAAAGGUGAUUGUGAAUUUUAUACUUCCACCGUCAACAUGACGGACCCCUUGGCCAAUAUGAAUCUCACAAAAUCCUUGUUGGGAUUAAUAGUUUUGAUAAGUCUAAUGUUGAAUUCGUUUGGAUGAUCAUGUUCGUUGGUAGGCCGACGUUCCGAUUCAAGACAAUGCACUAAGACGGUAUAGAACCCCCAAAGGGUGAUAGUUGAGCGGAACAAUAUCAAGAAGUGAUGGCUUUUAAACAAUAUUUUUAUAUUCUAUGAGUAAUCCUUGCCUCGUCUAAUUUCAUCUUAACUUUGAUAUAUAAUUCUUUAUUGGCGAGUUCGUUGUGCAAAUGCUUGAGUAUAAUGUUCUACUCAACUUCUAUGCGACGAGAUUUUCUAUUUUCGUUUUUUAAAGACGCACUAUAUGAUUAAAGCUUUUGAAUGAUUAAAUCUGAAUUGUGCAUUUAUGCCAAAAUGAUACACCUUGUAUAAAAUUUUAAACAAAAACUGUAUUCAGAUAUGCGAAUGACCGCAAUAAAAUAUUUUGAUAUUC